AUACUCAUCGAAUAGCAAAAUGAUUUGCCGACUGUGCUUAAUUGAGUCGAAUCAAAUUUUAAAAAUUUAUAAUGAAACAGGAAAAAUGAUAGAUAAUGACAUACUGAAAAUAGUGACUAAACAUUUUCAAAUUGAGAUUCGCUACGAUGAUGCAGUGUCCAAUAUAAUAUGUCUAGUAUGUUGGGAUUAUAUAUCACAGUUUCAUAAAUAUUGGUUGAGUAUUGAAGAGAAACAGAAAACACUAAAUGACCAAUUAUAUUGUACACAAAUAAAAUGUGACAUCGACGAUAUGGAGCCCGACGAUUUGGCUUGUCAAGAGCAGAUUUCAACACCGGAAAAAGUGGAGAGUGGUUUGUGUGAACCUGAAAUAGAUAUUGAAAAUGCGGGUAAAUUUGGAGUUGAAACCGAAUUUGUUGCUACAAAAAUGGAAGAAGAAGAAGAUGACGUGACAGAAGAUCGUGAUGUUCUUGCUCCCAUAACAGAUUCAAUUGACAUUCUUUCAAGAGAAACUAACGUUGAACCUGAAGGUGUGCAAUCCAAUGUUAAACAGAAACGCAAAUACACUAAAAGAAAUAAAAAGUUGGAGAAGACCACUUUAGAAAAAGGAAAGAGUAAAAGAGGUCGACCUAGAUUGAAAAUAGGCAAUACGAAAGCGAGUGCAAAAACUACCAAAGAAAAAACUUUAGAAAGUUCCAAAAAUUAUGCAGAAAAAUUGAAAGCUAUCCAAGAAGCUGACAAGUUCUUAGCAGAAAACACACAGUUAAAUUGUUGUAUUUGCAUGGAAGAAUUGAAAGAUUUCAAGGAACUUAAAACUCAUUUUCGACAAAAACAUCAGUGCACGGGAUAUGUGAUGUGUUGUGAUCUUCGUUUUAAUAAGCGUACUUUAUAUGUGGACCAUAUUCAAUUUCAUAAGAAUCCCGACUUCUUCAAAUGCUCUAUUUGUAAUAAACAACUGAUAAGCCGCAAAAAUUAUAUAAACCAUAUGCAUUCACUGCACCCAGCAGAAGAAAAUCUACAAUUUACGUGUAAACAUUGUCCGAAAAAGUUUUCCAAACAAUAUAUAUUAGAUAGUCACAUAAAAAUGCGUCAUAUGCCCAAAGACCAUAUAUGUAAGCUAUGCAACAAAGCAUUUGCAAGUAUCUGGAUUUUGCAACAACAUGAAAAAGCGGUGCAUCGUAAUGAAUUUAAAUCAGUGUGCGAAAUAUGUGGAAAACUUUUAAGGAAUGCAGCAAAUUUGCAAUAUCACAUGGAUAAUAUACACAGGACCGAACCACGUCCGGAAGUGGAAUGUACACUUUGUCAUAAAUGGCUGAAAAGUGAUCGUAGUUUGCGAAAGCAUAUGAUAUCACAUCGAGAUGAAGCAUCUGGCGCAGUUUUUAAAUGUCCGCAAUGUGACGUUGAAAAAAAGUCAAGGCAUUCGCUGUCAUCACAUAUACGGUAUCAUCACUCUAAUCGAAUCUUCUCCUGCACAAUGUGCACCAAAGAAUUUAAAACUCCCAUCGCUGUGAAGGAACAUGAAGCCACGCACACCGGUGUCGAUUUGUAUACUUGCCCCUUCUGCCCUAAGACAUUCAGAUCGCAUGCUAAUAUGCAUAAGCAUAAAUUGCACAGCCAUUCGGAUGAAUGGGUACGCAAAUACGCGCAGCCAAAUGAAUUCACUCAAAGUGUAUUAAAUCAAACGCGUAACACCGAGACAUAACCAAGCUGGAGUUAACUUAACUCGUAUACAAGCUCUGGUCGGGACAUUGUUAAAUUAAGUUAUGCAUUAAGUAUAGUGAUUCUUAAAAUAUAUAAACGAAAUUAUGUACUAGAUAUGUGGAAUAUACAUAUAUAUCUGUUUAUUAAAUUGAAUUCCUUAUUUACGAAUCAA